AUCAUCUCAACAAUCGACGAGGCCAGGUAUUGUCCUCUUGCAGUAGUCUAAUAGACUUCUUAAUCUAUGGUCACUUCAUAGUUAGUUUCCCCCAGAAAGUGUUUCCUUUUCCGGUUUUCCAACCCAAGCUCGGGAAACGAAGAAAAUCAAUAGGCGUAAUAGUAAAUACUAUGUAGUCAAUAUUUAUUUAAUUCUUUGUGUAAUAAGUUAUGAAAGUUUCAAAAGCAGUGGCUCAAAGUCGUCAAAUAAUAUUACUACGAAAUAAAAUUCUUACCUAUACCAAGAAAGGUCAGUUUUUAACACAGCCUUUAUAAGUAUGGCUAAAGUAGAGCAACCAUUGUUUAUUUUACCAAAGAAACGAAAUGGAAAGAAGCUAAACUCAAUAGGUGGGCAUGUUGACCACAUCAUCACUGUUCAGGGAGCUACAGAUACAGACAUUCCAUCAAAAUACCAAAAUGGGUUAUCACCAGUAUCUGAACAUGUUGCUAACGGGAUAAUUCACUCUACAAUGGAAGGCCUCAAAUCAAACAUGAAAAUUAACUUGCCCAUCAUCAAUGAUGUUAAUGAUGAUGUUACAGAAAUAAUCACUGAAUCUAAACCAUGUCUGCAGAAAAAUGGCUACCAGCCUUUAACUUUGAAUAAUAGUAGAGAAAUUAUUGAUCUUUCACCUAUCUAUGAAAACUCUUCAGAUGCAUGCUCUAGUCAUGCAGAUUUGAGAGAUGACAAUGAUGUGAAUGAUGAAAUACAGAAAAGUUGCAGAAUUUUAAAUUCUGACACUAAUGAAAGUGCAUGCCCAACUCCUAAUACCCUUUCUCAAACUCAUUCAGAAGUAAGUUUGGAAAUGGGCACAAUGACUGAUAGCCUCAAAAAUAGUGCUAAGAAAAAGAAGAAAGUUAACAUUAUUUCUGGUAUUACCGAGUCAGAAAAUAUAGAAACAGAGAUCACAGCCUUAAGAGUUGAUUCCGAAGCAUCUCUUACUACUGACUGCUCAUUAUCAGAGAGUAAAGAUGGUUACUUGACAAUGACUGGAACAAUAAAACGUGGUAAGAAAAAAGGUCAAAAUGUUGAUGUAAAACUAAAUAUAUCUCGUGAAGAAUUGGAAAUUAUCGAAGCAUCAAUUGUUGCAGAUGAGUUAAGUAAAAUGGAUGUGUCUAAAUGCUCACUGUAUAAUGGUCCACAUAUAUUUUUAUUCAGCCUCCUCAUUGUACCAUUUGUUGUCUGUAUUUCUGCUGGCUAUUCAUUUUAUAUGGGUACUCUGGCUUGGUACAAUAUUUUUUCACAUAUUACUGAAGAGUUUACAUGUGUUAAAAAGAUGUUUUUGGCACCUAUAGUAAUUUUAUCAUACCCAUUUCUAAUUGUUAUAUUUACAAUUGGUUUAGGACUUUAUGCAGGUAUAGUACAAUUGACAUUUAGUGGAGCAAAUUGGUGGAAAGAUGUAUGUGACUUUGAGAAAGGUUUUUAUGGUUGGUUAUGUAAUGUAUUGGGCAUGUCCGAGUGUAGUCCAUAUGAGGUUGUAAUUCUAAUGGAUGUCAAACCAUAACAAUGCUCAAAGAGUUAGAAACUUCACUUGAUGAGGUGACCUACCCCAUUGAUAGGAAUAUGUUAGACAAGCUUUGUGGUGAAUACAAUACCAAAUAUACCCAUUAUAUAGAAUUAUUACUUAUCUAAAAAUAUGUUUAUUAACAUAUGAAAAAAAAAACAUAUAAAGAACUUAAUUUAUUAUAAAAAUACACUGCCAUUGCUUAUAUAAAUUUUUAAGGAUUCUUACGUAUAGUAUAAUCUUUGACUUAAUUAAGAAUAAUUUUUAAAGUGGGAGAUAAUGUGGAAAUUGGGAUCAAAGUAUGUUGAGAUAUCUUUGGAAUGUACUUAAUAUAUUAAUCACAUCAUGCAUUUCUUUAAAAGGUCUUGCCUUAUAUGAGACAAUUUUUAAAAUCUUCCUACUCAGCUUCCAUUUUAUACCUUAUACUUUCUAUUUACUAUUGAUCUAAUAAUUUAGGAAUAUGUAAUCAAUAUUGUCCAUAUCAUUAAUUAGUUAUUAUCACACAGUUUUCACACUGGGUUGUGUUUUUUUUGUGAUAACAUAAAAUAUAUAAUACUUAUAUGAUCUUGAAUAAAUAUAUGAAGGAAAUAAAAAAAAAAUAUCUCAAUUCAUGAAAAUAUCUUAAUUUAAGUAAAAGUACUAAAAUACUUAUAUUAUUUCAGAACUUUUCUUUUAAUAUAUUUAUUCAAUGUAUUUUACGCACAAAAUAUAUAACUGGAAUGUCAAAUUAUUAUAUGAAUAGCUUUUUGCCUAAUGUUACAUAUAUUGUCGUGUUUAUCGAAGCUUGAAGCAUAUAAAUUAGGCAGAUUACAUGAUGUAACCAGGAAAGAAAAGAGUAUGGUAUUGCUUAUCAGAUUUAUUGAUCUCUUUACAUACCUGUUUAUGCUAUAAGUAGUAAGAUGUCAAAAUUUUGUAACUAUACACAUAAUCAACACAUCAUUUAUAUGAAGACUGAUGUAUUCUAGUCACUAUUGUGUCCAUUUUCUACAAAUAAAUAUUUUAUAAAACCAAA